GUCACGUACUCCAUGGUAACGACGCUCGGCCUGAAGAUGGCGGCCGAGUGGGGCAGAGGAGCGGGCUCCUCGGGUUCAGGCCGGGUUCUGAGCCGGUGGCAUUGGAGCGGUUCUUUAUGGGUCCGAGGCGUUUUACUCCUGUUGGGCGGGCUCCGGGCAAGCGCCACAUCUAUUCCAGUCUCCUUGGGCAGUUCCCCUCCCUGCCGGCACCACGUCCCCUCUGACUCUGAGGUGAUAAAUAAGGUCCAUCUUAAGGCAAAUCAUGUUGUAAAGAGAGAUAUUAAUGAACAUUUAAGAAUCAAGAUUGUCUAUGAUAAAAGUAUUGAAGAGUUGCUCCCUGAGAAAAGAUACCUUGUAAAGAACAAACUUUUCCCACAAGCUGUUUAUUAUUUAGAGAAGACUUUUCAGGUCCGUAGACCUGCGGGCACUAUAUUACUUAGCAGACAAUGUGCAACAAACCAAUACCAAUACCUACGAAAGGAAAAUGAUCACCAUAGAUGCUGUACUGAGAAAUGUGCAGAGCAUACAAAAUGUGGCCCAGUUAUAGUGCCUGAGGAGCACCUCCAGCAAUGCAGAGUCUGCUGUGGGGGUAAGUGGCCCUGUGGAGCAGUGGGUGUACCAGACCAGGAGGGCGUCCCGGACGCAGACUUUGUUCUUUAUGUUGGUGCCCUGGCUACUGAGAGGUGCAGCCAUGAAAACAUCAUCUCUUAUGCAGCCUAUUGUCAGCAGGAAGCAAAAAUGGACAGGCCAAUAGCAGGAUAUGCUAACCUGUGUCCAAAUAUGAUCUCUACCCAGCCUCAGGAGUUUAUUGGAAUGCUGUCCACAGUGAAACAUGAGAUUAUUCAUGCCCUGGGUUUCUCUGCUGGGCUAUUUGCGUUCUACCAUGAUAAAGAUGGAAAUCCUCUAACGUCAAGAUUUGCAGAUGGUCUUCCACCUUUUAAUUAUAGUCUUGGAUUAUAUCAGUGGAGUGAUAAAGUAGUUCGAAAAGUAGAGAGAUCAUGGGAUGUUCGAGAUAAUAAGAGAGUUCCUCACACUGUGUAUCUUCUAGUAACACCUCGUGUUGUCGAUGAAGCACGAAAACAUUUUAACUGUCCAAUUUUGGAGGGAAUGGAACUUGAAAACCAAGGUGGUAUGGGCACUGAGCUCAACCAUUGGGAAAAACGGUUAUUAGAGAAUGAAGCAAUGACUGGUUCUCACACCCAGAACCGAGUCCUCUCUCGAAUCACUCUGGCAUUAAUGGAGGACACUGGCUGGUAUAAAGCUAAUUACAGCAUGGCUGAGAAAUUAGACUGGGGCCGAGGAAUGGGUUGUGAUUUUGUUGAGAAGAGCUGUAAAUUCUGGAUUGAUCAGCAGAGACAAAAGAGGCAGAUGCUGAGUCCUUACUGUGACACGCUCAGAAGUAAUCCAUUGCAGUUAACUUGCAGACAGGACCAGAGAGCAGUUGCAGUGUGUAAUUUGCAGAAGUUUCCGAAACCUUUACCUCAAGAAUAUCAGUACUUUGAUGAACUCAGUGGAGUACCUGCAGAAGAUUUGCCUUAUUAUGGUGGUUCAGUAGAAAUUGCUGACUACUGCCCUUUCAGUCAGGAAUUCAGUUGGCAUUUAAGUGGUGAAUAUCAGCGCAGCUCUGAUUGUAGAAUAUUGGAAAAUCAACCAGACCUUUUUAAAAACUAUGGUGCUGAAAAGUAUGGACCUCAUUCAGUUUGUCUAAUUCAGAAAUCAGCAUUUGUCAUGGAAAAGUGUGAGAGGAAGCUGAGUUACCCAGACUGGGGGAGUGGAUGCUAUCAGGUUUCUUGUUCUCCACAAGGUCUGAAGGUUUGGGUUCAGGAUACUUCAUAUUUGUGUAGUCGGGCCGGGCAGGUCCUCCCCGUCAGUAUUCAGAUGAAUGGCUGGAUUCACGAUGGAAACCUGCUCUGCCCAUCAUGCUGGGACUUCUGUGAACUCUGUCCUCCAGAAACAGAUCCUCCAGCUGCUAACUUGACCCGAACUCUACCCCUGGAUCUCUGUUCCCGUUCCUCUAGCCUGGUGGUCACCCUCUGGCUUCUACUAGGCAAUCUAUUUCCUCUGCUGGCUGGAUUUCUUCUGUGUGUAUGGCAUUAAGAAUGGAUAAGUGAAUUCUCAAGACAUUCCUUUGUGUCAUGUUCCUCUGAACAAAGCACAAAAUCUGGGCAAGUGCUAGCCAAUGCAGAUGGCAGAAGUGGCAUUCCAGAGUUUGGCUUGGAAGUGUUGACCAAGAUCAGACCUUGAAGGAGAGCUUCACAGCCGUCACUCCUCAUCAGCAACUCAACAGCCUCAGAGUUUGGAGAAUGAGAAGGAAUUCCAAAUCACCGAAGUCUCUUUAUUUUUCAGGAUGCAUAACCUUCUUGAAGUUUUCCUUUGAAAAUGGGAUAAUUGGUGAAAAUUUCAGUGAUUACAUACCUCAGCAUUUUCAUUAUCCUAAAACAAUGGGAAAUUUCAUCAAUGCUGCAAUAAUUUAAAGAACAGCUAAUUAUUGCAAGAUCAUAAGUUGUGGACCCUGUCUUCAAAAGUAUAAAUUGUCCUUUGACUUACAGAAAAUAAUUUGAAUUGGGAUUUCUGCAUCACUAUUAUACCUGUUUUAAAUUUAAUAACUGUAUAUGGUAUACCUAAAUGAUUGUUCUCAUUGUUCUAAAGAGUGUUUUUUUAAAUUAUGUUUCGCUAAAUCUUAUGAUUUCACAGUGCUGUGUGGCAGUUUCCUGCUGAGCCAUUAUGUGCUGGUAGCCCUCUUCCAGCUAUAUCCAUACUCCUUGAUCCUCAGAGAUCAGCUUCCAGCUGUAUUCUCCAUUAGUUUAAUAAUAACUUGAAAAGCCGGGAGGCAGAGAGAGAAGAAUACUCUGCCUUGUGAAAAUAUUGAAGACAUGCAAAUGGAAGAAAACAUUUGUAUAUUUUUCAGAUAAUAGUUAUGACAACCGCGAUCCAACAAAAAUAGAAGUGUUCCUUUUUGAUCAAUGAAGAUAAAAAGAAAUCUGGUAUAGACAGGUAUGCAGUUAUAUUCAGGUGGGCUUAGAAAUUGUUACAGAAGAAUUUCUGCUAUCUGAAAAUUAUUUUAUGUAUAAAAUGCAAAGUGUAAGUCAAAACAAGAGGGUCUGAAUUGUUUACAAAGUGUAGGUUUGGUGUAGGGCCUAUCCAGUAGGGUCCAUAGAAGUCAGAAGAUUGCCUUUGCUUUAAACGGAGGAGAUAAUAUCCUUUACCUCCUGCAUUUGACAUUCUUUCUGUCACCACGUAGAUUCUGGUCCCCAGAAGCAAUUCUGCUCUGGUACCAGAGCUGACCAACCCUACUUAAUAAUCCCAAUUUGAAAUUCUUCAAUGAUGAAUGAUGCCUGGUUUUUCUCUCUAAGGCUAAUGAAGUCCUGUGGCAGCAUAAACACAGCCCUUGGACAAGCAUGCAUUUAUUCAUUCAUUCAUUGGUUGGCCCUUUAAUUCAGCAUAAGGUUUUUUAGCACUAAUUUAAGAAAUUUGCUAAGUGAACAAACAGCAUAAUAACUAAGGAGUAAUUCCAGCUGACUAUUUGACGCUGGAACCAAACAGCAGCCCCAGCAUAAAGGAAAGUCACCUUUUUUUAAUACAUAAAUUUAAAAUAUUUAGUAGCAUACAGUUUUGAAUUGGAGGUAUUUGUCCUUGUGAAAAGCUGGUGGUCUCUAGCAUUGCCAGCCUCAGCUGAAGAGAAGCUAACAGCAGUGGCGUUUCUGCCUAUGUCCUGCAUACUUUACAUCAUGGAAAGUCAGAGAAAAGUGUAGAGUAUAUUUUUAAAGAAAGUUAUAAAAAUCUAAACUUACAUAUCUAUUGUGAUUAUGAGUCAUCCUGCAAAGUUGUAUAAAGAAUUUCACCAAAAACACCAUGGAUUAAUAAUAUAUUUGAGAUUCACAGUGAUAGGUUCAGUUAUGUUUUAACUGUUGUGCAGUAAUGCCAUUUAGGUAGUAUUGUUUCUGAGCAUGGUGCUUUUUAUACUUGAAAUAUAUUUUUGCUUUAUUUUUUAUUGAUAUAAUUAUAUUUGCACUAAUGACUUUCUGAAGAAAAUACUAUAGAUGACAUUUUUUUCUAUAUAUAUUUGUUAAGCUUGGAAUCUAGUAGCCCAGUCUUUUUCUCUGCACAAAUGUAGAAUCUGAUAAAGUAUGAUGUUAAGAAAUCUUGAGUUUUUGAGGGUAACUAACUGUGCUGGUUUCUUCCUUCCUCUUCAACAAGUCUUAAAAGUGGUUGCUUAUCUCUGUUUCUGCAUAGUAUACUCAGUGAAGAUUUAGAAGGCCACUGGACCUGUAAGAAGUUUUAAGAGGCACGGUUUAGUCACUUAGAAUACAACAAUAUUCUGAAAAUGACUUUUUAAAAUCUGAAAUUUCAGUGCAGAAUUAGCGGGCUAGAAUUCACCUUUAAACUGAAGAAUUUGAAAUAACCCAAAUGUUGAUAUCCUGUGGCAGGUAACCCUUUAUGUUCACAGAACCAGUUCACUGAGAAAGACUGAGCAGGCAGCAGCCACAGCGGGAGUGAGGUGAGGUGGGGUAGGAGAAAGGGGAACAGCUGACUUGAGGACGGUAGACUGAAGCCCCUUUCUGACUCAGAAAGGGUCAAGUGCUUAUAAAAACUGACUACCUCAGUUUUCAGUUCAGACAUAGGUUCACUUUGAUAGUAUUAAGGUCCCAGUGUCAAAAUUAUCAAGUGAAUUUGUCUCUCAGGUUUUCAAGAACAGAAUUUACAAGAAGGAAGCAAAAGCCAUGUCGCUAGACUUGAGCUGACAGCUUUAAAGAAUCUGGCAAGCAAGUAGGUAAUGUAGAUCCCUCUAUAUUCUCCUGAAAAAAGCUUUCUUUCCUUACUUAUUUCUUAAGGAUACUUAUUUUUAUUAAGAUCAACUAGGCGUUCUAAAAAUGUUAUAAAUUAUGCUUAAAAUUAGUUUUAGCCUAAUAUGUUGGCUUAGAGUUUAUCAGUAUUUGAAAAUGAAACAAGUUAAUGAAGUUUAAAUAGUUUUAGGAAGAUACAAAAAUAAGUAUACCAGAGUAUUGCAUAAAAUUUUAUCAAUAUCCUCUUUAAUAUUAGAAGACUCACUGUCUGAAAAAUGACUAGAUGCUUUAUCAGAAUCUCUCCAGCUCUAAUAUUCUGUGAGUAAUACUCCAACUAGAAUUGCUUGGCCACUGCUGGCUCUGACCCACCUCCUGGCGUAUGACAGCUCACACAUCACGUUCAUCACGGUGUCCUGUGCUCAAUGCCUUAGCACUGUCUAUGUCCUUAGACACUGAAUGGAGAGAGACAAGCCCUUUUCUGAGGGCAUUGGAGCAGUCCUGGCAGAAGAGGUGGACUUCAGUCACUGCGCCACAGGCCCAUUUUGUAGUGGGCACCAGUUAACCGUAUGAGGUCCUUGCAGCUCAGGAGGACUAACAUAUUUUAAUAAAAUCUGUGCUACUCGUCCCAACAAAAGAACUUGAACCUGAAAGGAUGACUUUUUUUUUUUUUUUUUGAUACAUUUCGACAGGUUUGGGGAGGGAAUGGUGAAUUAUUUUCUUUUGUUUACAUUUUUAUUAAAUAUAAUAGAUUUAAGAACUAAUCUUUAUUUAUGGUAUUUAAGUGUAAUAUAUUCCUUAGGAAAAAAAACACAGCUUUAAUAAAAAUGGAAACUAA